AUGGAUAUCAUCGCUCACGAUGGUGCAGUUGCCAAGUUCUUCAAGCCAUCCUCAUCCUCCACCUUUACCUGCCUUUCCAAUCCCAGCAUAAGCAUUCCCUUCUCACGGGUGAAUGACGACUACUGCGACUGCCCUGACGGAUCGGACGAGCCCGGCACAUCCGCUUGCGCGUACCUUUCCCCCUUGUCGCCACCCCAGUAUCAUCCUGGGCCCGGUGUCCCAGCGUCGGUUGCGAUAAACAGUUCACUCGCUCUACCGGGGUUCUACUGCAAGAACAAAGGGCACGUCCCCUCAUACCUGCGGUUCGAAAGCGUCAACGAUGGACGCUGUGACUACGAGGUGUGCUGUGACGGCUCCGACGAGUUUGGCGGCGUGGGCGGCAUCAAGUGCCCCGGCCGCUGUAGUGAAAUCGGGAAGGAGUAUAGAAAGCAAGAGGACAUACGGCAGAAGGCGUUGACGGCGGCUUUGAAACGCAAGAAGGAGCUCCAGGGCCAGGCUGCUGUUCUGCGGAAAGAGGCAGAGGUGGCUCUGAGUGCGGCACAUGCGCAGGUUGAGGCCUCGAAGGUGAAGCUGAAUGAUGCGGAGACGAAUCUGGCCGAUGUGGAACACAGAGAAAAGCUGCGAGUGGUGCGAGGGGCCGUGACAGGUGGCUCGGGCAAGCUGGGGAUCUUGGUAAAUCUGGCAAAAGAGCGCGUCAAUGAGCUACGGAGCAGUUUGCAGAAGACGAAGGCUCACAGAGACAGUAUGUCCGCCAGGGUGAUUGAGCUCGAGGGUAUGCUGGCCAGAUUGAAGGAGGAUCACAACCCCAAUUUCAACGACGCAGGUGUCAAGGCUGCUGUGCAAGGAUGGGAAGAAUAUGCUGCGAGAGACACCAACGAUCACUGGUCCGAAGCCGAGGAUCGUGAUUUGGAGGCAAUCAUGGCCGAAGACUCCGACUCGAGUGGUAUCAAUUGGGCCGAAUUUCAAGCCGACGACAGCGCUGAGAGCGACGUUGCGGCCCUGUACUCUUUUACGAGCUACUUGCCGCCCGGGUUGCAGAGUUGGGUGGACGAAAAGAUCGUCAGCUUCCGGCAUUUGCUGGUCGAGAAUGGGAUUCUGCCUGCACACAACCAAGACGUUGGUGAAAGCAAAGCAGUACAGGAGGCCAAGAAGGGGGUUGACACUGCUCAGAAGGAUCUGAGUAAUGCGGAGAAGGAAAUCACAAAAUCCCAGGACGAUCUCAAUCAAGACUACGGUCCAGAUGGCAUCUUCCGUGCCCUGAAAGACGUCUGUGUUCUGAAGGAAUCGGGCGAAUACAACUAUGAAUUGUGUUUCCUCGGAAAGACGAAGCAGAAGCCAAAGAAAGGCGGUGCUGACACCACCAUGGGCAACUUCGUUGGCUUCGACGUGGAAGACGUCGAUGAAGAUGUGUCGGCUGACGGCAAAGGUCUUGGUAAGGGUGAGCGUAUCGUUAUGAAGUACGAGAACGGACAGCACUGCUGGAAUGGGCCGAACAGAAGCACGAGGGUGAUCUUGGCUUGUGCUCAGCACGAUGAGAUCUGGAAGGUCAGCGAGAGUGAGAAGUGUGUGUAUCGCAUGGAGGUCGGCACUCCAGCUGUGUGCCAUGCUACGAGAGAUGGCAACAAGGCCAGCAACGGUGAUACCAAUGCUACCGAGGGCGAGCCGAAGAAGGAUGAGCUGUGA